AUGGACUACGCAGCCCGCGAACCACUGCAGUUCGAGCGACCACGAUCGGCCUUCCGAGAGUUCAUCCGAGACGACAUUCACGAGCCCGAACACCCUCCUCCACCACCUUCCAGAACCUCCGGCGCGACGCAACGACCUGGCUCUUUCAGCUCCCAACCUACAUUUUUGUCUACCACUUUUCAAUCUUCGCAAGAGCUGCAGAACCCAGCGCUGUCAACGCUUGCAGCAUUGGCAGCGAAUGCGCAGGCGGCGCCUACAACCGAAGGAAGAGCUGGCAGGAUCUCCCAGGGAAACGCCAGGCUCAAGCCUUCAUGUUCGUUGGAGCACUUGAAGCUUUGA